AUAAAUCAAAAUCAAAUAUGAAAUUAGGGCAGCGAGAACCCACGGCUCAUCACAUCCCAUCUCCCGCUUUACGUCUCUCCCAGGCUCAUCUCGUCUCUGUCUCUCAAAAUAUUGGGCAUUGCUCCGUGGUAGGUUGUAUAAGAUUUAACUCUUUUAGAAUUUUUUCUUCUCCAGAAAGUUGUAUUGGGGAUUUCAAUAGAUUGCAUUUGGCUGAAAUUUUUUCGAGUUUUGUGCUGGAGGGAAGAAGACUUAAACUUGGGCAUUGGGCAAACUUAUAUUUAGAUUUGCAUGUCACGAUUGCCUGGAGGAGAAUUGAUUCCAGCUGAUCCUGAAAUCGAGCGCACCUUUUAUCGACGACAAAGAGAUGACCGUGAAGCACAAGUACAAAUGACCAACGAAUUAAAUAAUCCUAUUAUUCAAGCUAACGAAGGAGAGGCAAUGGACGAAGGAAAUGAAAUUCUGGGGGAUUUCUUGACUCCUCAAGUUAUUCAAAGCCAAACCAGCAUUGUGUAUCCACCGUUUGGGCAGCCUAAUUUUCAAUUGAAGACCAAUGUGAUACAGCUAUUUCAAAAUGGACACCAAUUUUAUGGCAAAGCCGAGGAGAAUCCACACACACGCAUAUCUCAAUUUUUGGAUAUGUGUCAACAUUUGAGAUACCAAGGGAUUUCGGAUGACGCUAUUAUAUUAAGGCUUUUUCCAUACACUUCAGGUAGCAGACAGAUCACUGACACACCCCAGAAGGAUAAUUGAAGACGUGCUCAUCAAGGUCGAAAAUUUUAUAUUCCCAGCAGAUUUUCUUAUCUUGGACAUGAAAGAAGACAAGGAUGUCCCAUUGAUACUUGGCAGACCAUUCCUGACCACAGGAAGGGCGUUAAUUGACGUUCAAAGGGGGCAGUUGAUUUUAAGAUUGGGAGAGAAGUAGAUAUCGUUCGAUGUAUUCAAGGCAAUGAAACUGCCAGCAGAAUUAGAUAGCUGUUAUCAAGUUGACAUUAUUGACAAGGCAGUACAGGAAACAUUCCUACUUCACGGCCCAUCUGAUGUAUAUGAGGCAUGAAUUGCACAAUCCCAAUCAGUUCACUCAAGUUUUCUUGAAGUUGAAACAUGUGCACGAUUUUUGGAGACCAACCUACCAUACACCCGAAAACGGCACUUCGAGGAACUGGGGACAGAAAAUACGAAGCCACUGCCUUCUAUCCAGCAGUCGCCAGUUUUAGAACUCAAGCAACUACCGCCACAUCUCAGAUAUGCAAAUUUGGGGAAGUCAGAUACACUUUCAGUAAUCAUUUCAAACACAGUCAGUGAGGUGGAGGAAGAAAAACUGCUUAGGGUACUCAGAGAGAACAAGACGGCGAUUGGGUGGAUAAUAGUUGACAUUAAAGGAAUUAGCCAUUCUUUGUGUAUGCAUAAAAUUCUAAUGGAGGAAAACUGCAAGCCAAGUAUAGAGGGUCAGAGAAGAUUAAAUUCGAACAAGAAGGAAGUGGUCAGGGCAGAGAUACUGAAAUUACUGGAUGCAGGAAUUAUCUACUCAAUUUCAGAUAGUGCAUGGAUCAGUCCAAUUCAAGUGGUACCCACAGUGGUGAAAAAUGAGAAGAAUGAAUUAAUUCCUUCCAGAACAAUUACGGGAUGGAGAGUUUACAUCGACUAUCACAAAUUCAAUGCAUCUACACGAAAGGAUCAUUUCUCCCUCCCAUUUAUUGAUCGGAUGUUAGAGAGAUUGGCUGGACAUUCACACUACUGCUUCCUUGAUGGAUACUCGGGCUAUAAUCGGAUACCUGUCGCACCAGAAGAUUAGGAGAAGACCACUUUCACCUGUCCCUAUGGUACUUUUGCCCAUCAUAGGAUGCCUUUUGGUCUUUGCAACGCUCCAGCCACAUUUCAGAGAUGUAUGAUGGCAAUAUUCUCCGAUAUGAUUGAAAGGUUUAUUGAAGUUUUCAUGGACGACUACUCAGUGUUUGGAUCGUCAUUUGAUGAAUGUCUAGAGCACCUGAAUUUGGUCUUACAGAGAUACAAGGAGACUAACCUGGUUUUAAAUUGGGAGAAAUGCUACUUUAUGGUGCAGGAAGCAUUGUACUCGGGCAUCGGAUCUCGACAAAAGGAAUUGAGAUGGACAAGGCAAAAAUUCAAGUUAUUGAGAAGUUACCAUUGCCUACAUCAAUUAAAGAAGUUAGUAGUUUUUUAGGGCAUGCGGGGUUCUACAGGAGAUUUAUAAAAGAUUUCUCGAAGGUCACUAAACCGUUGUGCAAUCUGCUAAUGAAAGAUGUACCCUUUGAGUUUAAUGAGAAAUGCCUCACAGCAUUCAACACUUUAAAGGAGAAGCUUACGACAGCACUAGUAAUUGUGACACUAGACUGGGAACUGCCUUUUGAAUUGAUGUGUGAUGCAAGUGAUCACACCAUAGGUGUAGUAUUAGGACAGCGAAGGAACAAGAUUUUUCAUGUGAUCUACUAAGCAAGUAGGACUCUAAAUGAUGCGCAAAUCAAUUAUGCCACCACUGAAAAGGAGCUAUUAGCUGUGGUAUAUGCAUUCGACAAAUUCAGGUCAUACCUUGUCGAGUCUAAAGUCAUCGUCUACACUGAUCAUGCUGCAUUGAAGUAUCUGCUCACAAAGAAGGAAGCAAAGCUGAGAUUAAUUCGUUGGGUGCUAUUGCUACAAGAAUUUGAUAUCGAGAUACGAGACAAGAGGGACAGUGAGAAUAUAGUAACAGAUCACCUAUCCCGAUUAGAGCCUGGGAGACGGAAGAUUUAGUAGAUAUAAAUGAGAUCUUCCCAGAUGAGCAGAUUUUAAGAAUAGAUAAAGCACCUUGGUACGCAGAUAUUGUCAAUUACUUGGCCAGUUCCAUCCCACCGCCGGACUACUCAAGUCAUUAGAGGAAAAAGUUCUUCGCGGAAUUGAAGUAUUAUUUUUGGGAGGAUCCAAUCCUCUAUAGGCGAGGGGCUGAUCAGAUAAUAAGGAAAUGCAUACCUAAGGAAAAAAUACAUGAGAUUCUCGAGCACUGCCACUCAUCUGCAUAUGCAGGACACUUUGGGGCUUCGAAAACAGCUGCAAAGAUUCUUCAAUCAAGGUUCUACUAGCCUACACUGUUUAGAGACACUUUUGAGUUUGCCAAAAGGUGUGACCGAUGUCAACGCACUGGGAACAUCUCGAGGAGGAAUGAAAUGCCACUGAAUAAUAUUUUGGAGGUGGAAAUAUUCGAUGUUUGGGAAAUUGACUUCAUGGGACCCUUCCCCCCGUCAUUCUCAAAUCAGUACAUCUUGUAGCAGUGGAUUACGUAUCAAAAUGGGUGGAAGCAGUUGCACUGCCAACAAAUGAUUCAAAGGUAGUAAUUAGGUUCUUAAAGAAAUAUAUUUUCACCCGAUAUGGUACACCGCGAGCUAUAAUCAGUGACGGGGGCAAACACUUCUGUAAUCGCCAGUUUGAGCAGCUGUUGAAUAAAUAUGGCGUUAAACACCGUGUCGCUACUCCAUAUCAUCCACAAACUAGCGGGCAAGUUGAAGUAUCUAAUCGGCAGUUGAAGAGAAUACUUGAAGUCACAGUGAACUCAUCUAGAAAGGACUGGUCUAAAAAGUUAGACGAUGCAUUAUGGGCUUACAAGACAGCAUUCAAGACACCGAUAGGCAUGUCUCCAUACCGCCUAAAUUUUGAUAAAGCGUGCCAUCUGCCAUUAGAAAUGGAGCACCGGGCAUAUUGGGCUAUAAAAUAGUUAAAUAUGGACUUGAGCGCCGCCGGGGAAAAACAUCUACUGCAACUGAAUGAGUUAGACGAAUUUAGAAUGGAAGCUUAUGAAAAUUCAAAACUCUACAUGGAACGAACCAAGAAGUGGCAUGACAUGCACAUUCAAAGACGAGUAUUUGAAGUGGGGCAACAAGUACUAUUGUAUAACUCGAGACUCAAGCAGUUCACAGGAAAACUACGGUCAUGGUGGUCGGGUUUGUACACUGUCACGAAAGUCUUACCAUACGGAGUUAUACAAGUCAGUCAUGAGACUAAAGGUACCUUCACUGUUAAUGGGCAAAGGCUGAAGCACUACUGGGGUGGGCAAAGGCUGAAGCACUAUUAGGGCGGUGACUUCUCCAACCAAAAGUCCACCGUUCAAGUCGGGACCCCAAAGUAAAGUAGUUGCAGAAAAGUCGAGCUAUCGACUAUAACUUAGCGCUGGGUGGGAGGCAACCCUCUGUAUCCUUUUAAGUUAAUUUACUUUUGCAUCGUAGUAGGAAUCUUUCAAUUUCAUUUUUCAAAUUUUUUAAUUUAGGUCAUUGAUCAUUCAUACGUGUUAAAAGAGUCCAAACAAUAUCCACAUGAGUCCCUAAGCAUCACACACACGUUCGGGUUGAUUGGAGUUAUUUUUGGGUGAUUGGGUGUAAUGUUCAUGCAUUUCGAGUCAAACGUUUAUUCUCAAAAAAAAAAAUUCAAAUGUAAAUGCGUGAUUGUGAAAUUUAAUCAAACUUGUGUUUUUGGGGGGAAUAAAAAAAAUUUAGAUAAUGCGGUCACAUGGUGCGACCGCACACAUAGCAACCGAGUUUCAAGUGGCCAAUGCCACUUGAACCAUGCGGCCGUAGGCAACAAAGUCAUGCAGUCGCAUGGCAGAAUCGGGUGUAGUUUUAUUUAAUUACACCCGGUUCCUUCCUUCCUCAUUUUUUUUCUUCUCUCCUUUCUUCCCUCAAUCUCUCACGCAUUCUUAGGAUAAUUUCACCCAUCAAUUCUUCCCAUCAAAUCACGUUUGUACUCCACAAUAUUCACCCCGUACAUCAAGCCAUCCACUUCAAGGUAAGGUAUUACUUCUCACAUUUCUCUUGGCAUUCUCUUUUUGAGUAAUUCAUCUUGGAAUUCGUUUUUUCAUGAAUUGAGGGAAAAUGGGCUAGUUCAUAUAGGGAUGGAUUUGUUGUGAUUGUGUUGUGUGACUUUUGGGAUGAAUUGGACAUUAAUUUCACUACCUUAGGACUACUUUCACAUAAUGCACACCAAGUGUUUGAUGAAAUGCCACAAUAACCAUUUGUGUACAAUUAGGUUCUUUUUGCAUAUAUAAUGAUUCACAAACAUGGCACCAAAUAUAUUUUAACAAAUUCCCACAUGAAUUAACUUAGGAAACACCCACUUUCACAUUGCAACACAUAGGCACAUGAUUAGGUCAUCGCACAUCACGGCACCCUCCAUCUCCUACUUUGCAUCUUCACUUGACACACCAAAUGACAUCUAAUUGGGUUGAAAUUUAAGUAUGUGCUACACUUCAAUGAAUACUUUGAUAUGCCCGGAGAUUGCCCGGGAAAAUUUUGAUAAUUCUCGAUGAUGUUAAGGGUCAAAAGUGCGCACUCGAUCAUGAAUCCAAUUUCUGAAAAAUUGCAUAUUUACGCCAAGUUUUCUCCAUUUUUCAUAUUGGCGGAAUACUUGAAUUAAAUUGAACAUCAUAUCUUGACUAGUGCAUACCAUGGUGUUAUACAUGCGUCUAGGAAAGUUUGGGGGAGUGUGCAAUGAAUAUUUUAUUUUCUCACUUCAUGCCUAUUCUUUCCACAUCAAACUUAAUGAGUGUAAUCUUACAAACUUUGCAAGAUGCCUCCUAAAAGAGUUUUGCACGGGAAAGAAAAAGCAAGCUCCUCCACUGGGAAAGCCCGUACUCGAGAGCUUGCGGGGGAGGUUCGGCUAUUCUUAACUGCAAAUACCGCGGCACGAUAUGAGAAUAUCGUACGCCAUUGGACUUUACAUGCUGAAAGACCCGUUAAGCUUGAUGACUUCCCGGGUUUUGAGUUGGUCAACUUAGUUCAGAUCUGUGGGUGGCAAAAGUUGGUGGAGUGACCACAUCUAAUCUAUGAGACUCUAUGUCGAGAGUUCUUCGUCAACUUCAACAGUGACAUUGACACGCUAGGCUCUGAGCAUUUCCAUCAGACUUGGGUGCGGGAGAAGUGGAUUAUGUUCUCUCCCAAGGUCAUUCAUGAUUACUACCAGCUUACCGUGGAGAAUGUGGUCCCUCUUCCAAUUGACUUUCACUGGAAUGAAGUGGCUGAGGUUUUAAUGGGGCGAGAGAAUGUAUGGCCUCUCGAAACUACCGAGUGGCAUCAGAUUGAGCUUACCCCUUCCAUAGCCAUUCUAUGGUUCUUUAAGUACCACAAUAUCGAGCCCAUAUCACACAGGACUACAUUUCCAAAUCAGACAGCAGGGUACAUCUACCACUUGGCUCAAGGAAGCAAGAUAGAUCUCGCUACUCAUAUAUACGAUCAACUACACUCAUUGGGAACUUGGAGAGAUCGUCGCUCCACUUUAAUACUCUCGAGCCUCAUUAGUGGCAUAUGUAGGGCUGCAGGUGUUGCACUCCUACUUCAGGAGUUACUUGAAAAAUCCAGCCCCAUGAUCACACGAACUACAUUUGAAGCUCAAACAAGGGCUCGGGUUAAACACAGGGAAGAACAAGAAAAUGAGCUCCGUUGACAACAGGCAGAACAAGGCCCAAUCUCUACAUAUUAGGAACACCCAAGGGCUCCAGCACCAUAAGCUGACGUGGACAAUCAGUUGCUGAGACAGAUAUUCUCCACCACCACGGGCAUCAGCCGAGACCUCCACAAUUUCUUUUAGGAUUUUGGCAACAUGAGGACUGAAUUGAGAAGUUUACAAAGAGACAAUCACCUUGCGUUGAACUACAUCAGAGAUGCUAGAAAUCAUGCUACAGUCAUGUGACGGGAGGUUAAUACCAUGAAUGGCUGGCUGAACAUGUAUGUGGGUCGAGUGGACGGUAUCCAAAUGAGGGUAAAUGAAACUUGGGAGACCAUGAGAACUAUCCAGGCCCAGCAGACACAGCAGUCUACCUUGAUGCGGCAGCUCCUUGGACGACACCUUUCACCGCUAGGUGAUGGUACAUCAGGACCUAGUUUCCCGCCACCUCAUCCAUUUUGAUACAGGAGAAGGAUAUAUGUUCUCCUGUUUUGAGGAUAAAAGAUAUGGAGCAAUUGGAGCAAAACAUUGUUGUGACAUUAUGCAAGCUUGAAAAGAUUUUUCAAUUAGGCUUUUUUGAUUCAAUUGAGCAUUUAUCUGUUCACUUAGCUUAUGAAGCAAAGGUUGGCGGUCCUAUGCAAUACCGUUGGAUAUAUCCUUUUGAGAGGUUCAUACACCACUUAAAAAAGGAAGUGAAAAAUUGGGCUCAUGUUGAGGCAUCUAUUGUAGAGGCAUACUUAGUAGAGGAAAUGUCAACUUUUUGCUCUCUAUAUUUUGAUCAAAUUAUUCAAACAAGAUUGAAUCGUGUGUUGAGGAACGAUGAUGGAGGUCAUAUUGAUUCCCAAGGGAGACUAUCAAUUUUUACCUACCUUGGAAGACCCUUUGGCAUGCAACGUCAUAAUAGCAGAUUAAUGACGAAUGAGGAAUUCAGAGCAGCAUCAACGUAUGUGCUCUUCAAUUGUGAGGAAGUAACUCUUUUUAUCGCGGUGUUUGAUAAACAUAUGAGAAUGUUGCAUCCUCAAAUGUAUGAUGGACAAUUUGAUGGUUUACGGGAAGAACGUUUUUCGUGUUGGUUAAAGGAAUAUGAAACAUUUGAUGUGUUCAUGGAGAAGGGAGUAAUGGCCAGGCUAGACAAGAAGCUAGGUGAUUUUUGGUUCAAGAGACAGGGUCUUGGUGUAUGCAAACUCAACUUCUAGUAAAUGUGCCCCUUCAUAAUUUAGCAAGUGGGGUUUAUAUAUCUAUGUUCGACAGAUCUGACUCUUAACAUCUGUUGGAUGAGAUUGAUUUUUUUUAUAUUUUUGUUUCCUUUCAAUCUGAAAUGUAUUGAGUACUGCUCAGAACUCAUGUUGGACACACUUUGUUCUACUGGACGCCUCUUUUAUUGUAUUGGACAAUCUUGUAUUGUAUUUGAGAGCUCUUUUGCCUUGGAA